UGUCAAUAAAGAGGGAUCGCCAGAGGGCGCCAACAAGCUACGAUUGAAUCUAACGCGAAAUUGUUUCGAUAAGCAACUAGCGUCAACUCAAAUGUUACAUUUAUACAAGUAGUUUACAGCCGUCGGAGGGCAAGGUGGAGCUACUCAUUGAUUUGUAGCCUUCAAAAGAAACGUCCUGUCUUAGCUACAAUGUGUAUUUUCAGCCAUGGGCCUCCGUAAAGAGGCUCCACAGGUGAUGGACUCCAACUCACGGGUGUGAGAGACGCACAGGAAGGAGAGCAACGCGGUGUCUGGUGAGGUUUUGCAAAGAAACUGACAGAGGAAGCGCGUGCAUGAGGAAGAGGAGGAGGAGGAGGAGGAGUGAGGCCGCUCAAAUGUCAAACUUCUCCACUUGACUUAAGAUGGAUUCGCGUUUUGACUCAUUAGGCUUCACAAAUGGCCUGAGUUCUAUCCGCUAACGAGCCGCUUCUCCUGCUGGAUCCGAGGAGCCACGAUGGACUCGACUGUUGUGGAGAUAAUGGAGGAUUUCAUGGGGAGUGCGCUGGUUCAGUGGGUUCAGCUGUUUGAGGAGAUGGUGGAGCAGGAGGAUGGUGUGGUGCUCUAUGACCACUACAUGGAGGUCAACUCCAGCUCCCCGAGCGCACAGAACCGCUACCUGCGGCUCACGGAUGGGCGGUACCUCAAUGAGGUGAUGAGGAUCAUUGACCCCAACCCCAAAGUUGAGCGGCUCUACGAAAGCAAGACGGACGACCACAUUCAGAGAGUCCAGAACUUUUCGAUUUUGAAUCGACACAUCCGAGCCUUCUAUCAGGAGAACCUGCAGCAGCUGCUCUUGAUGCCCCUCCCAAACGUUGCCAUCCUGGGUCAGGACCCCUUAACAGAGGCUGCACUGGAGGAGCUCAGGCGGCUGCUGCUGCUGCUGCUGGGCUGUGCUGUGCAGUGUGAAAACAAAGAGACAUUCAUCCAGCAGAUUCAGUCUCUGAACAUUGAAACUCAAGCUGACAUCGCCAGCUGCAUUCAGCAGGUGACUCAGGACCCUCGCAUGCUGCUGCCGCUUCAGUGGGAGGAGCUGGUGGAGUUGCACAGCCUGGACUUGCAGCUGGUGUUCAGCUCCAUGGCAAAGCAGAUCCAGAACAUGCUGGCGCAGAGAGACUCCCACCUAGAGAGGAUAGCCGAGCUGUGUCGGGAACGGGAGGUCCAGGCUGAUUCACUUACAGAGCCCGCGGGUUCUCACAGCCAGGAGCCACCCCAAAGUCUGGCGCUCCAGCUGGCGCACAGCAAGGCGAAGCUGCGACGCCUCAAACAGCAACUGCAAGACAAAGAUGAUCAGCUGCUUGAUUAUAAACAGGAGAUUCAAAACAUGGAGCAGCAGCUGAAGAAGCAUCAGAAAGAGAGCCGCUCCCUGAUGGCCGAGGUGAGGGGCAUGCGUGCACUCCGGGACGAGCUGGACUGUGCCCGCGAGCGAGCGACGCGCACGGAGCAGCUUCAGUCGGAGCUCCAGAGCUGUAAGAACAGACUUCGCAGCCUGGAGAUCGCACGCACUCAGCUGAAGGAGCAGCAGCAGCUCUGCGCAACGUUGCAUGAGACCAAAGUUCUCCUGGAGGAACAACUGGCAGACUCAAGGGCCCGCUGCACCUCGCUACGAGAGCUGGAGAGGGACAAUCUCCUGCUGCGUCAGAGACUCAUGGACGUAGAAGCUGAGCGUGACACGGAGAGACAGCGCGUUGAUGAGCUGCUGGAGAUGAACAUCAGCCUGGAGACUGACCUGAGGCAAAGCAACAGCCAUGCCGACCCCAGUGGAGCCCGUUUCCUCCAAUCAGAGGUUGAGUCUGAUGAGGAGCUGAGAGAUUUCAUUGUCGACCAAAAGCCUCUGAGUGUGGAGGUGAGCGAGGCUUCCACUCUGAGGCUGCUGGGGGCAGAGCAGGAGAAUGCUGAACUUCGAAGACGUCUGGAGGAGCUACAGGCCCAGCAGGAGGUGGAUUCACCUGAUGCAACAUCUUCCCUGGAGACGCAGCGUCUGAACACAUUGAGAGAGUUGGAAAACUUGAAAAAUGAAAAUGCUGCUUUGAAGGAGCGGCUGACACAGCUGGUGACUAAACUGCAAAACCCAAAAGGAAAAGAGGUGGAUGAGAAAGAAGCUGAGGAAGCGGAGAUGAAAAUUGAGAAACACGGACUCCUGGGAUCUGAAUCCUGCAGAGAAGAAGGUGAAGGAACCAUGAGGAAAGUGGAGCAGAGAGAGAAAAGAGAGUCUGGAGUCGGAGAGGAGCGACUCCAUAUAAGAGAAUGGAUGGAAGAAAUGUGUCAUGUGGACCUCCAGUCCAAGAGAGGAGGAGAGGAUGAAGGAGGCCAGAAAGAAAGAGAAAGAGGACAGGAAUUGAGUGAUGUUGUAGAGAAUGUGAAGCAGACAGAAAAUAGCAGAUCAGAAGAACCUGCUGCUGAAGAACUCCUCACCCACCAGCUCCAGAAGGCAGAGGAGGAAGCUGAUCGACAGUCAGUGGUGGCCCAGGAGCUGCGAUCCAAGCUGGCUGAGCAGAGCAAGAAAACUUGGGAGGCCGAGCAGAAGCUGGUUCUUCUACAGACAGAGGUGCAGCACCUGAGGAGGACGGCUGAGAGUCUGUUGGAGGCCCGCAGGCAGGUGGAGAUCCUGCAGUCAGAGGGCUUGGUGAUGGAGGAAGAGCUCUGUCGUCUGCGCAGCCAAGAGGAGCUUCACAGGAUCCAGACCACGGUCAUCGCAACACUGGAGGCAGAGCGGGCCGUGCUGGAGCGGGAGCGGGACACGCUGAGGGGCUCUCUGGACGCUCUUCGCACGACUCAGCGCAAGAGUGAGCAGCUGGAGUUGACUAUACAGACUCUUAAGGCAGAAAUGGAGCGUCACAUUCGCAGUCUGGAGACUUCACAUCGUCGGGAGGAAGAACUGGAAUCAGAGCUACGUGAGGCAACGACGGAGGCGCAAUCUCUGGCUCGGGCACGAGACCAGGCUCUCUUGGAGGCCACGCGCUUGGAGCAGGAGAAGGAGCUGUGUCAGGGGGAGCUGGACAGCCAAAAAAAGGAGGGAAGACAACGAGACCGGGAAGCUGCCAGACUGAGACAGCAGCUCGAGAGCACCACCUUGGCUCUGGAGCACAGCAACCAGAGGGCUCGGGUGUUGGACUCUGAACACAGGUGUGUAAAUCAGCAGCUGUUGGAGUCCAAGGGGCUCUGCUGUCGGCUCCAGGACCUGCAGAAGGAGCUCAGCACUCAAAUAGCCAGCUUGGAGGAGAGUAAACAGCAGCUGGAGCAGCAGCUCGCAGACGCUCGAGUUGAUGUGACCGCUCUGUCUCAGGACUUGCACGCUGAAAAGGCCCAUUCUCAUCGUUUGUCAACUGAAGUGGAACAUCUGGGCCAGAAACUACAGAAAGCCGAGGCUGAGCUCCAGGAGACAACAGAUUCCCUCGCGCAGACGGAGGAGAGAAACGGCUCUCUCUCCAAAAGUCUUGACAUGCGUGAACCUCGUGUCCAGUCGGAGAGAAACAGAGGAGGCGUGUUGACAUCACCACAUGAGUCUUUAGAUGCAGCAGAUGUUUACACGAUGCGUCCAGAGGACGUCUCACCUGCACUUCCUUCCCCUGAACGUGACCCGUCCUGGACACCAGAUCACGGUGCAGCAGAGCUGAAGGAGAGGCUGAUUGAGCUGGAGAAGGAGAAUGAAGCGGCGGUUGCGUCGCACGAGGCGCUGCUGUCGCGGCUAGCUCAGUCUCAAGAUGCCUGUGAGCAGCUGAAGCAGCAAGUGGAAGCUGAGCGCCGCCACUCCCUCAGCCUGCAGGACUCCUGCACGCGCCUGCAGACCAUCAACACGCAACUCCAGGUGGAGCUGGCUUCCUCACACACCCAGCAUGCAGCUGUGCUAGCACGCUGCAGUGAGAGCGAGGCCCGGUGUGUGGCCCUGGAGGCCGAGUCCAAGGUUUGGGUCCGGGAGCGAGAGGAAUCGGCACUGAGGAUGGAGACGCUGAGGCGGGACCACGAGCGGUUGACAUCACUGCAGCAGCGGCAGGAGGCAGAACUGGAGGAGCUGCUGGAGAAACACUCCCAACUGCGGAGCAACAAUCGCAGCCAGGAGGUCAAGCAUCGUGAGCUGGAGGCAUUGUACAAGGAGCUGGUGGAGAAGAAAACUCUGCUGGAGGAUGUGGAGAGAGAGGUGAAGUUUGAGAGGGAGGCGAUGGAAGCCGAGGCCCAGAGGAGCCAGGAGAGAGAGAGGGAGCUGGAGAGGCUGAGGGAAGAGAGCCAGAGGCUGCAGGCCCAGCUGAAGGACUGGCUGGCAUCGCAGGCCGAGUUGCUGGCUCAGGGAUCCGUGCUGAGGGCGGAGCUGAGCGCCUCCCAGCUGGAAAGGACAAGGCUGGAGGGAGAACUCAGCGGGCUGAGGGAGACCAACCAGAGCCUGGACCUCAGCAGCGCUAGGCUCACCAGUCAGUACCAGCUGCUGACCCAGCUCAAGGGAAACAUGGAGGAGGAGAACCGACAUUUAGCAGAGCAGAACCAGAGUCUUCUGAAAGAGAACCGGGCCUUGCUGGAGCAGAGUCUGGAGCGCAGAGACUUGCACUACACCCAACAGCGGGAAUACCAAGAGAAGCUGAGCGAGCUCCGGCGGGAGAAGCAGAAGUUGGUGGAGAAGAUUAUGGAUCAGUAUCGAGUCCUUGAGCCAAGCGUGCAACCUCCACCCGCCAAGGCCAAGAAAGCCAACUGGAUUGCUGACAGAAUGAAAAAGCUCAUCAAGCCUCGUGGAGGAGCCAGAGAGGGCCGGGCGCUCUGCACCGCCGCGGGCAGCGUGGAGAACCUCGCCAGUGGCUCGGAGCCUGACAUGCCUCAGUGUGAUCCUUGCAGCGCGCCCGUCUCUCCGUCUCCCUUGAGAAAAUCCCUGACCCAGACAGAGCCGGACAUCUCAGUUCCCUCCACGCCGACGGCGCUGCGCUCCACAGGCCGCCGUAAGCUGGGCUCCCGUCACGGUUGGGGUUUGGGUUUGGCUAAAGGAGGAUCCGGAGUGUCUCAGUCUUUCAGUCCAGGCGACAAGCGAACGCCGCCCCGCCUGAGGCUUGGCUCUGCCGUCCUGUGGGAGGGCGAGGGUGUCACGCACCCGCCCGCCGACACCGCCUCCUCCGUUCAGCACAGAGAUGCCGAGGACAGCGUGGAGUGAGAGGAAGCAGUGCUGAAACCCUCCGGACAUUUCAAUCCCAAUCAAGUCGGAUUUUCACUGAAACCAGAAUCCGCUUCUCUGACCUCCAGUCACAAAUUGUUUUUCACACAUGUGGGGAGGAUUUUUGUGUCAAAAUAAACCAAUUGAAAACAUCAGUGAAGCAUUAGCGUCUUCAAAUUCAUGGCUUAAAUUUCAGCACGAGCUUCCUGAG